AUGGCUCCUCAAUACGCCCUGUCGGAUUCCGAGUCCGAGUCGGAACCCGAGCAGCCUGCCGUUCCCUCCGAUGAUGCGCUGGAGAAAACUCUAUGCGACGUGGUCGCUGAGAUCUACAGAUCGGGGAACAUGGAUGAAUUGACAAUCAAACGGGUGCGAUUGGCCGCCACGAAGGCUCUGAAGAUCGAUGAGAAGUUUUUUAAGAAGAGCAGCGUAUGGGACGCAAAGAGUGAUCAGAUCAUCAAGGCUGCCGUGGCGGCACACGACAACAAGCCCCAAGAAUCAAAUGGGCAAGAAGACGACAGCGAUGCCUCAUCACCUAUCCCUACAAAAUCAAAACGCAUCAAACGAACCAAGCCUGAUGCUCCGGCGCAACGAAAGGGCCAGAAAGCAAGCACCCCAGAGUCUGAAGAUGGAGAACAAGACCGGGACAGCGCGACACCGAGUGAGAUGAGCGAUGAGGACGUUAAGAAGCCCACCAAGAAGCGGUCAAAGGGCGCACAGGGAAAGAAACCCCAGCCAAAGUAUGCUAAAACAACUGUCCCUGAGGAUUCUGGUAGCGAGGCAGAGCAGGACAGCGAACCAUCGGUCAAACCGAAAGCGGACCCCAAAAACGACUCGGAAAGCGAAAUGUCGGUGGUCCUCGACGAGGCCCCCAAACCCAAGCCCAAACCCAAACGACAGAUGAGUGCUGAGGCGCCUGCGCAAAAAGGAAAGAAAAAGGCCGCCACUAAGGCCAAGGAUGUAGAUCAAGAUCCGAACGAAGCAGAGAUCAAGAGGCUGCAGGGCUGGCUAAUCAAAUGUGGUAUUCGGAAGUUUUGGUCGCGGGAGCUGGCUCCCUAUGACACCCCCAAUGCCAAGAUCAAACAUCUGAAGGGUAUGCUGAAAGAUGCUGGGAUGGAAGGCCGGUAUUCCUUGGAGAAGGCGAACAGGAUCAAAGAGGAGCGGGAACUCCGAGCCGAUCUUGAACAGGUCCAGGAGGGUGCGAAACGAUGGGGAACAUGUAGCGGAGACCAGGAGAGCGACGGCAGUCGGCCUCGAAGAAGAUUGAAUCGGGGGCGAAAGAGCCUUGCAUUCCUCGAGAGCGACGGCGAUGAGACUGAUUGA